AUGGCUAGUGAAUCUUCAAAUGUCACUAUAGCCAGUAAACCUUUAACCAGUACUUCUGAAAUUCAAACAGAUACUUUUAAGCCUUUCCAACUUGAAGUAUUUGCAUUAAAUUAUCUUCAAAAUCAAGAAAUUUUAACUAUUUUUACCAGAAUUCUGAAACUUAAUUCUUGCAAAACUGAACCAUCUCUUAUAUACCCUUUAUGUAAUUUAAUUAUUGAGCUAACUAGAGAAGAGGCAGUUCUCACUUCUAAAAAAUAUUAUUUUCAGAAAAAACAAACUGAUACUAGACAGAGUAAUGAGAAGUUCAUGAUUUUGCUAGAAUUAGUAGAAGAUGGUUCUCAUGGUAGACAAGAGAAUCAGUCAAAACAAGUCACUAUACAGGAUCAGGUGACAAGUUCAAUCAUAAUUGAGGAUGAUGAUAAUAACCAGUCUAAUUCUAUUAAUAAUAG